GCUUGGCGAUAACGGCAGCUCCUUGAACGGACCAAUAGCAGCAGCGCUUCCUGGGAUUUAAACCGUGAGGCGUCGACGUCACGAAAUUCAAAAUUCAGAAACACCCAGUGUUUGCUAGAGAGUAGUCCACGUUGUUUGGAAGAGGUUGUGUGUGAAAACCUGGAUAAAAAUGGCUCAGUUUGGGUUUGAGAACGACAUCCACAGCAUCUUGAAGCUGGACAUGCCCAUCACUAACGCUCCCAUGGCGAGGUGGCAGAGGAAGGCCAGCUCAUCCAGCUCAUCGGCUCUGAACGGGUUGUCUCCUGGCAAAUCUGCCAAUGUGUCACUCAGUUCAUCAAAAACGCCGAGCAAAACACCAGGCAAAAAUAAAAAGCAAACUCCUUCUAAGAUGGGGGGCGACCGCUUCAUUCCCUUCAGAAACAGCAAACAAAUGGAUGUGGCAAGUUUCCUGCUCUCAAAGGAGAAUGAGCCUGUGGACACAACCAAUACAACAGGAACAUCAGAAAGCCAGAAAGCCUGGUCCAUGUCACUAAAUGGAUACGACAUUGAAGAAGCAAAGAUCCUGCACCUUGGAGGGAAGCCGCUGAAUGCUCCAGAAGGCUAUCAAAACAACUUGAAAGUCCUCUACAGUCAGGGUGCAACUCCUGCCUCUGUCAAAAAGACAAGAUACAUUUCUUCUACUCCUGAUAGAAUCUUGGACGCUCCUGAGCUUCGAAAUGAUUUUUAUUUGAAUCUGCUUGACUGGAGCAGUCGAAAUGUUCUUGCUGUGGCGCUUCAUAACAGUGUUUACCUGCUGGAUGCCAGUCAAGGAGACGUUACUCUUCUCAUGAAGUUGGAGCGUGAGGAGGACUACAUCUGCUCUCUGUCCUGGACCAAAGAGGGAACCUACCUAGCCAUCGGCACCAGUGACUGCAAAAUUCAGCUGUGGGAUGUCUACAACCAGAAGCGUCUACGCAGCAUGUCCAGCCAUACGUCUAGAGUUGUUAGCCUGAGCUGGAACGACCAUGUUCUCUCCAGGUACAGUGGUUUCCUUAUUUCUGCUGCAAAAGACAAAAACUUGCAUGUAUUGGUUGGACUCAAAUAUGUUUCUCUCCCUCCUAGUGGCUCGAGAUCAGGACACAUCCACCAUCAUGAUGUGAGGGUGGCAGACCACCACCUCUUCACGCUCACUGGUCACUCACAGGAGGUGUGUGGGCUGAAAUGGUCCCCUGAUGGGCGCUACCUAGCAAGUGGAGGCAAUGACAACAUGGUGUAUGUAUGGCCCCGUGUGCAGGAGGGCACCGCCAGCCAGUCGGUCUGCAGCUGGAGUGAACAUCAAGGAGCUGUCAAGGCUUUGGCCUGGUGCCCGUGGCAGCCCAACAUCCUUGCGUCUGGAGGUGGUACCAGUGACCGUCACAUCCGCAUCUGGAAUGUAAACAGCGGCUCCUGCAUCAGUUCACUUGACACUCAGUCCCAGAUCUCGUCACUGGUGUUUGCACCCAACUAUAAGGAGCUGGUCUCUGCCCAUGGAUAUGCCCACAACAAUGUCGUUAUCUGGAAGUACCCCGCUCUCACCAGGGUUGCAGAGCUCAAUGGCCACGAGGACAGAGUUCUCAGUUUGAUUCUGAGCCCAGACGGCUCCACUGUUGCAACCGUUGCUGGAGACGAGACUAUCCGUAUGUGGAAGAGCUUCGAAGUGGAUCCAGUUAAGAAGGCCAAAGAGAAGCUGGUCAAAACAACUAGCAGGGCCAUUCAUCAGUCGAUCAGAUAAAUUGCUUUGUCUUGAUUUUAGAGGACAUUUUGGUCUAUGAUGAAAUUAUGUGAAAAUGUUUUAUUUAAUCCACAAUAAAGAUAUCUACCCUGUCGUUUAGCUGUAACUGGCAACUCACUGCUCCUAUUGGGACUGUAAUAGGUUGUUAGUCUAAAUUGUUUAUACAGGUCUGCUAAUGUGGUACAGUACAUGUGUUGAGUGUCGGUUUUUAAGUGUAUAUAUGACCUUCACUUAGCUUUUAAUUUAUAAUCCGGAUGCAUUGUAUACGUCAGACUGGGUUAUAAAUAAAUGGUUUGAUUACAUAUGUGCUUCUGUCAGUUAAUUGGCAUGUGUUUGUACUGCCAUGUUAGAAACUGUAGGGCUUAUUUGAUAACAUUAAUCUCUACCACCUGCCAAACCAACAGAAGAAUACAAAAUUGUUUAUCCUGCAGAUGGGUUUUUCCUCCCCAAACACUAAUGGUGCUGUUGUUUGAUCAUUAGCUUAGCUGUGGUUUAAGGUUUAAGACUCUCUGUCUGGGUCAAUGUCACCUUAUUGUUGUGUCCUCAAAGGCUGCGAUUUAAACUUCACCUGUGGUUUAGUCUGAACCUGGUUGCUGUGUGUUCUUUAGAAAUCUCCUAAAAUAGAGUUCACUGUUUCUGAGAUUUAACUUAAACCUGCUGUGUGUAUAUAUUAAGUGAAGUUUAAGCCAUUAAAUUACAUAAUUACAAAAA